AAAAUCAAUCCCACAAUCCUCGCUCUCACACCGGCGGUGUAUUCAUUUGAAUGGUGAAACUCUGAAACGCUAGCAAACCUGCACAGAGAGGAGUUAACGCUUCAGUUCAACCAGUUUGUCACGUUUUGGAUUUACACACCCGGGGAGACCUCAAGGCACUUCACAAAAUGAGUCGUGUCCCUUAUUAUGGCAGCUGGUGAGCAUGUCUGGGAUCGGAAAGUCUCUAAGGUCAACUGGAAUGAAUCCAAUGGCUUUUUGUGACCCUGCCAGCACCUUUCUGCUGAAAAGAACAUGAAGCAGGUGGAUAUUAUAAAUAAGGAAGAAUUAGAUAAAGACAGCAGAUUUCAAGUGCACUACGGAGUACACAGUCCCGGCACAGCGAAGCGAUUGUCAUCUUGCAAGAGGAAGGGUUGUCCACUGGUGGAGGUGGGCUUAAAGCUGCACCGCAAGGCAUCAGAUGUAGGCCGUGCCCGUGACCCCGGCAUGGCCAACAAAGAAAAUGAGCUGACGUGCUCCGAUGAUGUGCGGGGCAUUCACUACAAUGACAACUGCGGGCUCCCUGUGAACUCUGCAGAGGCCUCCAAGAUGGCAGGGGCCAGCUCCAAGUACAGCGACUUUACUGAGCUAUCAAAGGACCAUGAGGCUAUGACUCAUGUCCUUUUUGGAAGAAACCUUCGACUAAAAGUGGCCCUAACACUAUGGCGAAGAAAUGCCAGUGAAUUAGUGGCCUACCUAAUAAGAAUUCAAGACACAGGGGUGCUGCUUGACUGCUUACCUGUCUUAACAAACAAUCUUCAAACUGAAGCACCAUGUUUGUCACUUGGCUGCUGCGUUGACCUCAUGCCCCAAGUGAAAGUGAUUCUUGCCAGUAAAUACGAAGAACACAUAAUGGUGGGUUUACACUGGGUUCAAUCCGUCAUCAGGAAAUGGUGGCCAGAACUUUCAAAGAAUGAGAAAAGACUGCGGGACAGUUGUUCAGAGGACAGGAAUAUUGAAGUCAUGAAGCAGCGGCUGAAGGACUUGUGGAAGGACGGAACCCGGUUAUGUUUGGUUCCAGGAUCUACAGGAGAACUGGCAAAGGCCAUAGAGGCUUAUCUAUCACAGCUGCCCUGACAGUUGUCAAUGUAGCACUCUGAGGAUGUGACCACUACUGCCUGGAUCAUGGCUGUGUUUGGAACUGAUAAUGAUGCCAGAGAAUUGGACUGGUUCAUUCUGCCACUUAAACUCAAACCUCUUACUGGGACUGAACUUGAUCAUUCAGACAACUCCCUCAGUGAGAGCUGGAGACUCUUAAGGAGGGCUCUGAGAGCCUUUCUGCAAAAAAGAAAAAAAAAAAAAAAACAGCAAAUGACUGCUUCACAUUGAAGUGGACUGUCUUGUGAAGGGGCAUGUUUAGUGGACCUCCAUGAGACUGGGUGUUAACGUCGCUCUAUGAAGUGCCAAGCUCUUUGUCUCUCACUACACCACUCUUUGCCAUGGAAUGCAAAUGCACUUGUGGAUGUAAUGAAUGCUCCGCUGUUUUGAUGUUUUUUGCACCUGGGUUCUCCGGAUUCAGGAACUUGAAUCUGCAACAGUCUUAAGUUAUUAGAGCUUGUUUUCAUUUUGCCUCCUUAUAUGACAUUUAACUGUAUGAUGUAAAAUGUAAAAAUAAGUGAUUCUUUUAAUCUUCUUUUAAAUAAAUUUGAUAAAAAUCAAAACUUGA